UGGAAGAAGGCAGAUGCGCGGUUGGUGGUUGCGAUUUAAGGGACAGUACACUUCCACAUUGCGUGCACUUGUCGCGCGAAGGGUCUCCCACGAGUGGAAGGUGCCUCGGGCACUUGUGAGAUGCGCGCAAGCAGCAUAGGCUGACGAAAUGGCUCUACGAAGCCGGGCCAAAGGUAGCAUCCUCGGCUACACUUCGGGAAGGCAGUACGACGGUGAUGUUGGCUUGAGAAACGCUUUGAUGCGCGACGGACUCGUCUUCGGUGCCGAUCUGUACCGGAAAGACCUCUACGCGCACUAUGGAUGUGUCAACGCCAUCGAGUUCUCCAAUGACGGGGAAUGGCUUGUGUCGGGGGGAGACGACCAGCGGGUGCUGUUGUGGAAUGUGCAAGAAGCCAUUUCGGGUCCAGGUCGGCCACAAGCCAUGAAGGGGCACCACAACAGCAACAUCUUUUGUCUCUGCUUUGACUCGUGUCACAAGACUGUAUUUUCUGCUGGUAAUGAUGAACAAGUUGUGAUACAUGACGUUGCAACGGGCGUCACAAAGGAUGUGUUUUUGCACGACGAAGCAGUGUACGGCCUGUCGGUGCAGCCUGGCAACGACUUUGUGUUCGCCAGUGCGAGCGAUGACGGUUCCAUUCUCGUGUAUGACGUGAGGGAGCCACGGUCCUCGGAUCCCCUACUCUUGGCCACCUCGACGUCACCCUUCCACGCCGUGACGUACAACCCGGUCGAGCCGCGACUCCUGGCCACUGCCAACUCACGGGAAGGUGCGGCCCUUUGGGACGUACGAUGCCCGCGCCGCUACUUGCUCUGCUAUGACGGUGCCAUGUCGCAGAGUGCCAUGAGUGUGCGCUUCAACAGCCGGGGCACCCAGGUGCUCGUCCUGCGGAGGCGUCGACCACCAGCCGUUUUUCAGAUUCAGUGCCGGCAACCCGUGGUGCAGAUGCACCACGUGGACUACUGCAACUCCUGUACCAUGAAGAGCUGCUGCUUUGCGGGGCAGCGGGAUGAGUACGUCAUGUCUGGCUCGGACGACUUCCAGCUCUACGCCUGGAAGCUGCCUGACGACAUUGAGGAGAGCGCAGAUCUCUGUGAUGCAAAGAGCAGAUGGGUGGGGCAGGCUCAUCUGGUGCUACAGGGACACCGGUCCAUCGUGAACCAGGUGCGCUUCAACAAGACUGCCAUGGUUGUUGCAUCGUCGGGUGUCGAGAAGAUGAUAAAGCUGUGGAGCAGCCUGCCGCUCCCAGGUGGUUCGCGUUGCACCCGCUCCGAGAGGCGGCGCCGGCGUUUCACGUACCAGGAGUAUGUCCAUCUUGUGCUGGAGAGUGGCCAGCUGUCCAACCAUGAUUACAGCCACAAGUCAGUGGAGGAAGACCCUCGCAUGAUGGCCUUCUUUGACACCUUGGUUCAACGAGAUGCUGAGGGUUGGUCGUCCUCCGAUUCAAGCCAGUGCAAUAGAGUGAGGACUUUAUCGUCAUCAUCGUCGUCGUCAUCAUCCUCUUCUUCAUCGUCAUCAUCAUGCGACUCAUCUAGCGAAGAUGAAAAGACCAAUUUGCAGCUGCUACGCCUUCAUCAGUUGAGGCAACGAGUCAACACGUCAGACAGUGAAGACGGCUGGGUGCAAUCCAGCCCCACUCUACCGCCUCCUGGAGAACCAGAAGAGGAGCCACAGUCUAGCCAGCCAGCGGGCGAGUCCAGCAGUCCCACAACCAGUGAGCACGCCGGCAGACCAGAGUUCAAGCGGCCUCGGUGUGGCUUCCGCAACCAGCGCUCGUACAGGAAACGACGGCGGAGCGGGAGCUCGGACAAGCAGUGACCACACGAAAGCCAUGGGGGG